AUGGAGUGGUAUAAAUUAUUACAUAAACCAAAAUUCUACGCCGCAGAAACAACUAGACAACUGGAAAUUUUGCGCAAUAAACAAAACACAAAUAAUGAUUUAGAAAAUGGAAGCCAUGAUUUACGUAGAAAAAUUAUUGAAAAUAUUCACGGACGUGUUAAUCCAGGUGAAAUUCUCGCUAUAAUGGGACCAUCUGGAUGUGGUAAAACAACUCUAUUAAAUCUUCUCGGAAAUAGAGUAAAUAGUAAAAAUGUUGAAGGGACAAUACUUAUGAAUGGUCAUAAACCUACAAAAGAUUCAAAACGAUUUGUGUCUUAUUGUACACAACAUGAUAUAUUCUUUCCUCAAUUGACAGUACGAGAGACUUUUAAGGCUUUAUUGCGUCUUCCACGUAUAAGGUCAAAACGUGACAAAUUAAAGCAAGUUGAAAAUGUGAUUCAACUAUUGAAUCUGUCUAAAUGUUCAAACACACUGAUUGGAAAUAGUGGAUCUGGAGGUAUUUCAGGCGGUGAAAGAAAACGUGUUAGUAUUGCAAGCGAAUUGUUAACGGAUCCUAGCAUUAUAUUAUUGGAUGAACCGACCUCGGGACUUGAUUCUUCGUUGGCUUUAGAACUCACAAACAUUUUAAAAACUUUUGCAUUAAAACAUUCUAAAACAAUCAUUAUGGUUAUUCAUCAACCAUCCUCACAAGUAUUUGAGCUUUUGGAUAAAUUACUACUAAUGGCCGAUGGUCGCAUG